CCGCCCGCCCCUAGAUUACACUUCUACUUGAGUUUCCUUGUGGCGAUAGUCUCCAUGAUUUGACAUCGGGUGGUUGGGAUAAGAUCUCGACAAGAGAAGAUAGACAACUGGAUGUAUGGCGGUAUAAUUUCGCCAUUAAGGCUGCGGACGCAAAUGGUGUUCAUUUUAGCCAUAAAUCACAUGGACUAGGGGGUCUUUUUCUAAGUACGUAUCAGCGGUUUACUUUGUAGCUACUUGCGGAAGAUGGAAAGUGCGCGGACUGUUGUGUCGGCCGUCAGGCUGGCAGAGGGCAGCUCCAUGGCGGUAGGCGCAGCGAAAUCCAGCUUGGACGCGGGUGGUGCGAAGUUAAAGAAACCAACUGGACUGGCUACCGCUCUCAGAUCGGUUGUGGAUGAUGGCGGUGGAGGUGAGUCCAAGACGGAGAACGGGGGACAGCUGGGUGCCCCUCGCGUGGAUGUAACGUUACGCAAAGGGAGUAAACAACCGCAGGCAGCUGCAGAGACAAUCGUCGCGAAUAAAACUACUGUCAGAACUUCAAAAAAUGGCCGCGGUUUAACCAGCAAUUCGAAUUCGUUGCUUUUAAAAAGGAGACGACUGAAGAGGAAUCUCUCCGCUGCAGCAGCCACCGCUGCCACCUCAGCUGUCUCUGCUGGGGGUGGAAAGAUGAACUCAGCCUCAUCUUCGUCGUCUUUGCACACACGAAGCCUUGAUAGGAAGACUUUGCUUCGGCACCGACAGAACAUGCAGUUGCAGCCAUCAGAUAGACAGUGGGUGCGCGCGGAUCUACACAGGGGAUCCAUACAUGUCCACGACAAACUCACGCCCUCAUAUCCUAGGCCGGUGUUGUGUACACUGGAAACUACGGCCGGGGAAAUAGCUAGUCGGCUAAGUCAACUAAGUAGUAAGUCAGGAUCUGUUGUACGUCUGGUAGGUAAAAUCUAUCCAACGACUGAUCUGAAUGGCAAUUGUAAUGGCAAGUAUAACUUUAACCACCCGCUGUGUAAACAUAAUGAAAAUGGAAGCUCGGGGUACAGCCAUUUGAGUCCCCCCAGACGCUCCGAAUACAGAGGCCGGCAGACAGACCAGCCAGGUGACCGAUUGAGACUCCUGCUCUUAGACAAGGAUGAUGAUGGGCACAGACCUGAAUUUGAUAUCAGUUUGUACUCGUCUGAUACCCAGUCAGACGACAAUAUCCUACACCACUCCUUGUGCGAUUUUAAUUCUAAUAUAAAUGCGGACACGCCGAAUGAUGACGAUUCAGAGAGGAGAUUCAAUGGGAAUGACAUCUGUGGGAGAAACUCUGGUUCAGACGUCGAGAGCAGCGCGUUCGACGACCUUAGUUCUGGGGCCCGACUUAGCGAGCAUCGGGACUCCCUUAGCGAUGACAUGAUCUUGGGCACGGAUGCAUCUGCUCUGAGCCCCACGUUUGACAGUGCCACAGAGGGCCUCGACACAUAUGGCAGUUCGUCUGAUGAAUUGGAGCAUGACUGCCCUUCGUCAAUCACAGCCACUGACACGUGCCCUCAAGAUCUUAGUAAAUACCCAAAUGGUAAAAACAACAGUGGCAGCAGUGGGAUAUUUGGCGAGCACUUAAACGACAGGUCAGGAGAUACUGAGACCGACAGCAGGCUCGAACCACAAUUUCUGGGCUGUAUGCCACAAAGCAGUAGCUCCAGUUCUUUGUCCAGGGCCUGUUCUACAGGUAAUACAACCGACACACAAGACCCCGACAGCCACCCUGGCAGUGAGGAAACUGGGUCGGCGGCAGACAACGAUGCCACCCCGGCACUUUAUGUUCAGCUGCACGGCGAGGCUGCCAGGAGACUGGGCCGAGACGAGAGGCCUUUGCAAAUCCAGAACGACUUUCUCUUCAAGUUGGGAUUUAAGGACCCGUGGCGAGUGCAAGAGGAAGGCAUGAACACCGAAUUGGGCUCCUUGCUACGGUUUUACGCAGGGAAGCCCCACGGUAUCGAGAGCUCGGAGCGCGUGCAGCUCUCGGGGACAUAUAAUGUGCGCAAGGGGAAGCUGCAGCUGCCGGUGAACCGCUGGAGCCGUCGGCAGGUCAUCCUGUGCGGCACCUGCCUCAUGGUGUCCUCCGUCAAGGCCAGCCACACGGGCAAGAUGCAUAUCCUGCCCCUCAUCGGAGGAAAGGUGGAAGAGGUGAAGAAACACAACCACUGUUUGGCCUUCAGCUCAGCAGGCCCCCAGAGUCAGACCUACUACAUCAGCUUUGACAGCUUCACCGAGCACCUACGCUGGCAUAGACAUGCAGCCAAGAUGGUGUCUCAGAGGAUCAGCUCAGUGGACCUGUCCUGCUGCAGUCUUGAGAAGCUGCCGCCCAACCUGCUCUACAGCCAGGACCUCACCCACCUUAACCUCAAACACAACUUCCUGCCCGCAGACCACACACUACAGCAGCUGCAGAGGUUCACUCGAUUACGGAGUCUCAACCUGUCCAAUAACCACCUGGGCUCCUUCCCCCUGUCCAUCUGCUCCAUCUCCACGCUGACCGAGGUCAACCUCAGCUGCAACCACCUCACCUCCGUCCACAGUGCCGUGGGCAACAUGCACAAUUUGCAGACUUUCCUGUUGGACGGGAACCUGCUGUCGUCUCUGCCCAGCGAGCUGGGCUCCCUGCAGCGGCUCACCUACCUGGGCUUGUCCUUCAACGAGUUCCGGCAGGUUCCAGUGGUGCUGGAGCAGCUGGGCUCGGUGGAGCGGCUCUGCAUGGCCGGCAACAGCCUGAGUCAGCUCCCCCUACAGGCCUUCAGGCUGUUGCGCAUCAAAUACGUCGACCUAAGACUAAACAAGAUCUCCAGGCUAGUUCCGGACGAGCCAGACUUCCUGCGGCAUGUGAGCCAACUGGACUUGCGGGACAACGGCCUGACUGAGCUGGACGCGUCGCUGUUCCCGCGGCUGGAGGUGCUGCACUGCGAGAGGAACCGGCUCAGCAGCCUGCGCGUCAAAGGCUGCAUGCUCAAGGGCCUCUACGCCGCCCACAACGAGCUCCGAGAACUGGACAUCAGCCCGGCCGCCACCAAUCUCACCUACAUGGACAUCUCCAGGAACUGCAUGGAGAGUCUGCCUGAGUGGCUGAGUGAGAGUAAGAAACUGGAGGUCCUGGACAUCAGCCACAACCAUAUCAAAGAGCUGCCCCCAUGGUUAUUGUGCAGGAGCAGUCUGAGGAAGCUGCUGGCGGGUCAUAAUCGGCUGCAGAGGCUGCCUGACCGCGUGGAGCGCCCCCUCCUGGAGGUGCUGGACCUGCAGCACAACCUGCUACUGGAGCUGCCCUGCAACCUCUUCCUCAAGUCUGACAGUUUAAGGUGCCUGAAUGCAUCGGCCAAUAAGCUCGAGAGCCUGCCCCCCUCCAGCCUAUCAGAGGAGAGCCACAGCAUCCUGCAGGAGCUCUACCUCACCAACAACCACCUGACCGACAAGUGUGUCCCGCUGCUCACCGGCCACACACACCUCCGAGUGCUGCACAUGGCCUACAACCACCUACAGACCUUCCCCGCCAGUAAAAUGGCCAAGCUGGAGGAGCUGGAGGAGGUGGACCUGAGUGGAAACAGGCUGAAGGCCGUGCCCACCACCAUCAUGAACUGCCGGCGCAUGCACACCCUCAUCGCCCACUCCAACAACAUCGAGGUCUUCCCCGAAGUCAUGCAGCUCAUGGACAUGAAGUGUGUGGACCUGAGCUGUAAUGAACUGAGUGAGAUAACCCUUCCUGAGAAUCUGCCUCCCAAACUCCAAGAGCUGGACCUGACGGGUAACCCCCGCCUCAACUUGGACCACAAGACGCUGGAGCAGCUUAACAACAUUCGGUGUUUCCGUAUCGACCCGCCCCCUACCUCCUUCUCAGCCAAUGAGGCUUCAGGGGGGCCGGCUGUGUGGAGUCAUGGGUACACAGAAGCAUCAGGAGUCAAAAACAAGCUGUGCGUGGCAGCGCUGUCGGUGAACAGUUUCUGCGGUAACCGCGAGGCUCUGUACGGAGUGUUUGACGGGGACAGGAACGUGGAGGUGCCCUACCUGUUGCAGUGCACCAUGAACGACAUCCUGGCCGAGGAGCUGCACAAGACCAAGAGCGAGGAGGACUACAUGACCAACACCUUCCUGGUCAUGCAGAGGAAACUGGGCACGGCGGGCCAGAAGCUGGGCGGUUCGGCGGCACUCUGCCACAUCCGGCACGACCCCACUGACCCGGCCGGCUGCUUCACGCUCACCGCCGCCAACGUGGGCAAGUGCCAGGCCAUACUGUGCCGCGACGGCAAACCACUGCCCCUCUCCCUGCAGCACAACAUCAGCCUGCCCGAAGAGUACAACCGCAUCCGCCAGCACAAGGCCAUCAUUACCGAGGACAACAAGGUGAACGGCGUGACGGACUGCACGCGCAUCAUGGGCUACUCCUUCCUGUAUCCGUCAGUCUUGCCGCGGCCGCACGUGCACACGCUGACCUUGACGCCGCAGGACGAGUUCUUCGUGCUGGGCAGCCGCGGGCUGUGGGACGCCGUGUCGCCGGCCGAGGCGGUGGAGGCGGUGCGCACGGUGCCGGACGCGCUGGCCGCCGCCAAGAAGCUGUGCACGCUGGCGCAGGGCUACGGCUGCACGGACAGCCUGAGCUGGGUGGUAGAUGGAGCCGCCACCGGGGACUGCUGCUGCUGCUGCUGCUGUGACCACCCUCAGCCGCCCCCGAGCCCGGGCCUGUACCCGCCGGGCAUGGGGAUGGGCAUGGGCGCAGGGCACCAUCACCACCACCACGGCGGCAUGCCCGGCCAGCCGUCGUCGGGCAGCGAGCUGAGCAGCGAGGUCAGCGCGUCGGAGAUGAGCUCGGAGGUGGGAUCCACCGCCUCGUCGGAUGAACCGCCGCUGCCGCCACUGUUGCUGACCGCUGAUGCCCACCUGCCGGCGCACCUGCAGCACCAGCACGGCGGAGGAGGUGUAGUGGGCAGCGGAGGUCCGGCACCCCUGGCGUCCUCCCGCAACGGCGGCGGUUGCUGUGCGCUCCACGCCGCCUGCCUGCUGCCGGCCGCCUUCCAGCGGCAGCUGUCCAGCACCACCUUCUGUAGCAGCGGCGGGGGCGGGGGGGCCGCGCUCUCCGACAACGCGCUGGACAGCGAGGACGAGGAGCCCAUCGCCGGCGUCUUCUCCAACGGCAGCCGCGUGGAGGUGGAGGCCGACGUGCACUGCCGCGGGGUGGGACACGCUAGCCCCACCGACUGUUCCAACGCCAGCCCUCUCAGCGCCGCCGCCUCGGUCAUCUCCACCAAAGACGCCGCUGCCGUUACCGCUGCUGAUGCUGAGCCUGCCGAUGCUCCGGUCACUACCGAGGAGGCCACUGGAGCAGCUCCUGCCUGCGUGUCCGUCGACGCAGACGUCGGAGGAGGCCCCCCCGAGACGCCCGAGAUGCGGCCUGCCGUCAACGAGACAGCCGUCGCGGAGACCGCAUCCGUCUCCUCCUCCACCGCUUUUCCGCAGUCCAUCCCGGAGGCGCUGGACGAGGCGUCGGACAUCACUGCGCAGGGCGAGGUGGAGAGCGGCACAGAGAGGGAGCGGGAAAGCGUCCAGGCGGCGGCCGCAGCCGUGGCGAUGGAGAGAGAGCAGUGCGGAGGAGCGGAGCAGGUGAGGACGCUGGGCCGGCGCGCGCGUGGCAACGGCUCGGUGGCGCCGCAGGAGCGCAGCCACAACCUGAUCGAGGUGGCGGCCGAGGCGCCGUGCCGCAAGCCGGGCGGCUACUUCACCGCGCCGGCGCAACCGGACCCCGACGACCAGUUCAUCAUCCCGCCAGAGCUGGAGGAGGAGGUCAAGGAGAUCAUGAAGCAGCACCAGCAGGAGCAGCAGAGGCCAGCGGGUGGAGGUGGCAGCAGCAACGGCAACGAGCAGCCCAGCGACUACUACGAUACGCCGCUCUGACUCUCACACACACACACACACACACACACACACACACACACACACACACACACACACACACGUACAUGCACACUGCCCUGAGCUAUACAACACACUCUCACAAGCACACAGACACAGCAUGGGGAGCUGUGUUAAAAACAUGCUAACACCAUGGUGAGAGGUGAAAUGCACACACUGAUGAACUCUUACCUACUGCUAUUGCGCGCACACACACACACACACAACACACAACACACAUAUGCGCAUACUGAGCACUUUUUCCCCCCCUUGCAUUCAUGUGCACGCCUCAGACUGCUGACUCAAACACACAAACACACCACAUGAAAAAUUUAACUCACUCAAUCAAAAAUAUCUAUCAAUCAAUUUGCUUUCAGCACCACUUUAAAAGCUAUAUAUUAAUUAAAUAUAUAUUGUGCACAACUAAACAUUCCACCAGAGAGGAAAUGCACACACACACCCUAGAGCAGCAAAAAUACUGCAACCCUCUGCACUCUUUGAGUUCGCAGAAAGACCACACCACUGGAGAACCUCGCACCUGAGCAGCCAAUCAGAGGCAGGAGUCCACCUCCUGUGAGGUGAAGAGGAGAGUAUAUGGCGAGCGAAGAUAAUAUCCCUUUAAAAGACUACAAGUCCCAGAGUGACCUGCACACUGCUGUGCCUCACCCUUUAAAACGAAUAGAGCAGUUCACUACUGAUCACGUCACAAGACUGUCGCCACCUAUUUCACACUGGCCCACAGAUAUCUCUCUUUCAGUCAACACUAGUCUCAGCAUCUCAGCAUUCAGACGUCUUGCGUUUUUAUUUUCGUUUUUAUUUUUUUAUAUUUCGUUCUUUUUUUUACCAACCAUAUCGUUCAAGUCGAGGAAAGCAGACUGACUUUUAAGAGCAAAAAAAAGAAAGAAAAAAAACAACAGAAAAAAAUCUACAGAAUCUUUUUAUGAUGCAUAAAUUUGUGUUUGUAUGGUACACGUCUGUAAUACCACGCUUACCUGUUGUAGAUAGGGCACUUAAAUGAUACUGUAUUUCAGUAAAUUUUGGCUUUGGGCCUGUAAAAAGAACAUAGAAAUUUAGUAGAAAUUUGAAAGACUAACUCCUAGGAGUUGUUUACUCUUUAUGGUGACCUAGUCACUUCUUACUAAUCUUCUCUGAGAGAAAUGGUGAUUUUUUUCCAAUGAUUGUAAAUAAGACAUUGUAUACUGAUGCUUUUUAAAGGAACUGUGUGCGUCCGUGACAAGCCUCACCCUCUCGUAUGCGUUCAGGCUCACACACAGCCACACGUAAACCAGACACACUGACACUGCGCACACACACACACACACACACACACACACACACACACACACACACAUUCAUGCACAGUAUACAAAUAUACUGCCAAAUGGCAUUUAGACAUCUGGUUCAGUUGUGUCCCUACAACGGACCUUUUACACACACACACACACACACACAUUCACACAAAUACAGUUUCAAGAAGCAGUUUCAUCUCCUAAACCUCUUGUCACCAGCAUGACUGUGUCAAGUUCAGUACUGCAAACCAGUUUAUCUAUAAGAAAUUGUACUCAAGCAUACCACACAGAAAACGUUCCUGUAUUUGUUAUAAUAAAUUCUAAAUUUAUGAUGAUAAGAGAGAU